AGCCAGUUUGGCUCAAGCAUCUCGUGCCCGAGUCCGGCAGUGCUCUCUUGACACAGGAACGCCGCAGUUCGCCUCAAGCAACACGAUGACAUGAGGACCUUCGCCGCGGGCGUCGAGAACGCGAAGAAGCGCUGCAGCCACGCUGGUCUCUGCGUAAGUUUCUGGCAAGGCCUGAGCGGCGUGGUGCACAGAGCGCUCGCUGUGCUGGUGGUCGUUCUAACGUUGAGCGUGAUCGUAGCCGCAAUCGCGAGCGGUGGCAAGGGGACCGUCAAGGAGUGCGAGGACGAUGUGGACCAUUUCGUGCGCAUGACGCAUCUGGGCGCCGCGGAGGCGGCGGAAGCGCACCGCGGCAUCUUCGCUGUGCAGGUCAUGGCCAUGGCGGUCACCGCGCCGUCCGCAUUCAGCUUGCUCGCUUUCGCGGCCACGAGUCACAUGUGCAGAGUAGCAGAGUAUGCGACCUGUCUGUGGUUGGAAGUGCUGACUUUCGCGGUGUACAGUAUGCUCCAAUGCAACGGACUGAACGGGGAGCCAUUCGCCAUAAUUAGUGGUUUUCUGCUUCCCGUGAACAUGGCACUAUUCUACCUGCUGCUGCUGCGUCAGGUAAGGGCAUUGGAACGAAGUUCGUUUCUUGAUCUCGGCUCCCUGCGCCUUCGCCGAAUCAUGGUGACCAUGUUAAUCUUCGCCAUGUCCGCGUUCAUCUGCAGCAGGUUCGCGGGCGGACCUCCUGGCCAUCCUUCGCGUAUCAUAAUGGGCACUCUCGUUUGGGCUGGGGAUGUGUCGUUCAUGGUGGCGUUGGUCGUGUUCUUGCAGGCGUUCUGGCGAGUGCUGGCGAUGGCGCGCGAGACGCAGCGGCGAGGGGCCUCCACCGAGGAGAUUAAGAGCGCCCCCCGGGUUCUGAUAUUCCAGAUGGUGGGAUCAUCCAUGGCGGUCGUGAGCUUCUGCGUCGCACUCAUGGUCAGAAUGUGGGCAUCAGAUCUGGCUUGGCCAAUAUUGGGGCGUCCUGUGGACGAGAGGACACCCGAGUUCUUGAUCGCGGUGCAGUCUGUGAGUUUGGUCGACACCACGUUGAACGCCUUUGCCGCCCUGGCCCUCAGUGGAGCUUCCUUCGGGGCACUCAGCGGAGGAUUGUCCACGAUCCGAUCGGCGCGUCAGCGCCACCGAACUUGGAAACAGUUUUCCGCGGAGUGGAGCCCACAUCCCGAUACAAACUGGAACGCCAAAGUCGAAGAGUUGGCCGGCAGGGGCUUCACGCUGCAGGCGCUGCUGGAGUUUUAUUGCAGGUUGGGCAAGGACGUGAUGCCGUAUUUCGACCCUUCGAAGCACACCACGGAGGACGUGGUCCGAGGCGCCAUCAUUCCACUGUCGGCAGAUAGCAAAACAUCUAUGGCUGAAGUCAUGAUGGGCCACAGCCCUGUGCGGCCCGACAAGAUGGUGACUCACAACUGGGGGAACAUCUUUACCGAUCUGGUUGCGGCUAUUGUGUCAGACGCUCUUUCCGAGAGUGAGUAUUGCAAGGUGGCGGUCCUGCUCAUUCACGACAUCAACACCCUCAUGAGGUGGGUUGCCCAGUCAAACGUUGGAUCUCAAACGUACUGGGUAUGCGCCCUCUCGGUGAAUCAGCACACCAGCAUCUGCGCGACGAAUCUGUGUUCUAGGAGGGAUUCAGUGACGGGCGAACCCUACCCCCUCUGCUCGUGCGGCCUGCCAAAAACGUUCAACGCCACUCCGCCUCUUGCGAGCGAUGGAACACGCUCACAGACCAGGAGUGAGAUGAACAAGUUUGAUCAACUGAUGAUGUCGCUGUCAGCUGGCAACGAUAAGUUUGCCCAGGUGGUUGCAGUUGACAGGCGCUUCGAUAUCUUCAACCGGGCUUGGUGCAUGGCCGAGAUUGCUGCCGCCCACUCAACAGGCAUGUCCCAGUCGCUACGGCUGCCAUCCCUGCCCCACCUGGAGAAGAGGCAGGGCGGACUUGCCCGCCUGUCAAUCAGCAGCGCGCAGGCCAGCAUGCCACAGGAAAAGGAGGCGAUCUUGGGCAGCAUCCCAGACCACAAGGCAUUCGACCGCAGGCUUCGAGAAUUGCUGAUCGGGCAGCUGCUCCCGUCAUGGUCGAGGCUUGACUCGUGCGACCAGAUGCUCCAGGCGGGGCGAAUUGCUCGCUGGCAGAGCGUCGUGCAUAAGUGCCCCGCUGUAGCCUGGCGCUUCGGAGUUGAUAGUGAGGAGUGCCUCUGUGACGGGUCGGCGCACCGACAUCACCACCUGCGCCACUCGCGCCCAGACAACCACAUUGGUUUGAAGAAAAAAUCGGCGCCUGCGGCGGGCUUCGUUGUUUAAUUUGUGAGACGUUGGCGCCUGCGGCGGGCUUCUCCAGAGUCUCGCAGACUGCCGACGUCCCCACCACCGCCUCACUCUUAUCCGCAUCCGCGGAGCGCUACGUACUUUCUGGGCUGGCGACUUUGGCGGCUCGGAGCGCCACAUCGGCAGCGUGUUUUUUUUUGUUUCGAUGCCUCGGGCUUGCAUGUUAGAGGUUCAGGGGUUCCCUUUCCUCCCUCUCCUCCUCCUCGUUCCCUUGUCCUGUCUCUUUCUCUCCCUCUUCGGACCCGGGGGCACGAGUUUUGGCCCUGGGCGAGAGGCUGAGGCCCAGGCGGCCCACUGCAAUUGUUGUAUAUUAUUUCAGGAGCCGGAGCUUGAGUUCUGCUCGCUCGCAGGCUUGACCUUUCCUAUCCGCAUGGCAGAGCUCCAGGUAGAGCGGUCUCUUUCUCGAGGGAUCGGGAGGGGUUGUUCGUCGCGUCGCGGGCGAGCGGGGGGGUCGGAAGCGGAAGAAGGUACAGCAAGUUGAAUUGUUCGUGCCAUGCUCGCGCCAGUUCGUAUUGCUGUCAGUGGCUGUCUGUUGUGCGGGCCGCUCCUACUUCUGUGCGUAGUUCGCGCCAGUUUGCACGAUUUUCAGUUGCAUCUGGUUGCCAAGCCACCGCUUUGAGGCUGCUGCGUGGGUCCUAUCCCCCAGCAUGUUUGUGCUGAGUUCCACGAGGGCCGCCGAGGUUGCUGGCGCCCAGCAGAACAUCCAUCCAUUUGUCGCUCGGUGUUCCGGGACUUUGUAUGGACAGAAAUCCACGCGAGAAUCCGGUGCAGCGCGUCUGCAUGGUCGGUGCAGUGAGCAUUCUCCCACCAGGGUAGCUGUUUCACCGGGGAAGGUUCGCACUCCCUGCUGCAAUGACAUCGCGGGGGGAAACACGCAGACGCAAUGGAUCGCCGAUGCCCCAGAAAAUGGGAGAGAAUACGGGAAGUGGGGGGAGAGAAUCCCCCCGGCGGUGCGCGCCGACGGUGCUCCCGGCCCAGGGCCUGCCUCUGCUCCCUGCGGUGCGCGCGGGAGGGCCCGACGCCGCGCGGCGCGCGGCCCUGCGGGCGCGCCUGGCCGGGCGGCCCAGCGCACCUGACCAAUUUGGUGCACGGCCGCGCAGGGGAGCUCCCGGGUGGCCCGUCGGACGCUCACGCGGCGCGCUGCCCGUUCCCCCCCUCCUUCGCUCCCCUCCCCACCUGCCUCUGUCCCUGUCUCUGCCGCCGGGCGUCGCAGGGAUCUGUAGAAGCAGAUGCGUGUCCCUGGGCCCCUUCACGCAUGCCAGACUUGCUUCUGUGUCCGUGCGGCGCAGCGCCGCCCUGUGACACGGACGAUUCUCCCAGGCCCAAUUUGCAGUCAUCGUGCGUGGUACCAUCACCGCCUACCGCUUGCCAGUGCCCAGCGCUUCUCUCGAGGCUUCUAAGUACCCAGCGCUUGCACGGUACACGUUCCCAUGGGGACACGAUGCAUCACCACGAAUGCAUUCGGAAUAGCAUUGAGGACCUGAGGACGCUACACUAAGAGCGUGCGGCAUGGUGGCGGGUAUUGGAGCCAUGGGUUCCCGUUUGCGCGAAUCGAUUUCAAAGCAUGCACGCGUUGACCGGUUCGGAGCGAGCAGGCGUAAGUAUCAGUUUUGCGGACAGCGGAGGCCCUCUGCGAGCACAGCGCCAGAAUUCAUAUCAGAGGCAGCGUCAGCGGAGGGCUUUCGCCCUGUGUCCAGGUGUUGGACGCCGCGCGGCGGCGUCGAGGGAUGGCCCCGGGGCAUGCCGGGGGCAUGGUGUCCGAGGCGGGGGUUUAUCCAUAACCACUGCCGGGGGGAUCGAGCUUCAGGGACCCUGGCAUGCGGUGGACACGAAUAUAUAGUCGGGCACCCUCGGGCCAGAAUCAAUCGAGCAGCUGAUGCAGAAUUCGCCUCCCGAAAAGAUGGGCUGGCGUUUCUUAACCGACUGGCUGCACUGGGAGGCUGGCCCAGUGCCUCGAGCACGUUCGCCUCUGCGGCACGACCAGAAACGUUUGCCCUGGUUCAGAAUGCUCAUGGGAGGCUGGCCCAGGGGUCUGAAGCCAGCGUUCUUAGCCAUUUCUUCCUCGGUGUAUCCAUUCCGACGAAGGCAUCUAUACACCACCAC